UUUCAAUAUUCCACCAUGUUUACCUGUAAAAUCUUUCAUACCAACUCUCUUUCAGAUGACAAAGAUCAGACCAGCGUGAAGUUCGGCGUCUUAUUUAGCGACGACCGCUGCGCCAACAUCUUCGAGGCGCUGGUGGGGACGCUGAAGGCGGCCAAGAAGCAGAAGAUCAUCGACUUCCAGGGCGAGCUGCUCCUGCAGGGCGUCCAUGACGACGUGGACGUCGUCCUGCUGAAGGAAUGAAGCCAAAUUUUGAAUUUAACGACCCUUUAAUGAGCCGAGGGUCUGAUUGAAACCUCUGAGAACGCUGCGUCCCUGCAGCCCAUCUGUCCAAGUUUUUCUCUCUCUUUUUCAUUUCCAGGUCCGUCAAACUAAAAUUCAUUCACACUUUGCUGGCAUUUCUGCAUUAUUUCACUUCAGCGUGCCAAAUUUUUAGGCCCUACAGCAGCUCUGGAGUGUUUUCGGUUCUUCAGACAAAUAUUUCUAGAUUUUUUUGUUGCACAUUUUAUCCCUUCAGCUAUAAAGUUUGUAAAAUCUCAAAAGACGCAUGUUCCAAUUUGGAAAAUUAACUUUCUGCUUCCGACUCCUACACUGUCUUGAUUGUUAAUUCAGGAAUGCAUCCUACAGAUUUAACAUUAAAMAUGCACAAACCAAGAAUGUAACAUACCUUUUUUUUUUUUUUAGGUUACGUCAUCUUUCACUGCCUUUUUUUUUGGCUAAAGUUAGAAAAUCCCAACCAGAUGCCUUUCUUGAGCGUUUCAGUGCUCAGAAAACCUGUUUAUAGUUCUGACUUCUUGUCCUGUAAAGGCAGCUGUUUUCCCAUCAGAUCGGAAAAAUCCUGUGCAUCAUCUGUUGUUAAACCCCAGCGUUGCUUCAACCAAACGGCGGUUCUGCUUACUGUUUACAUGCGCCGCUUCUACUACCUCCUGUGGACUUUCAAACACGGCGUUCAAAGCACAGCGACUUUUUAUACAAACUUUGACCACAAGGAAAGUUAAAAGUGCAUUUCAGUGCUGCUCUUCUCACUCAUUACAACAAAAACAGGUUUUUAAAAAUGUCACGAAUGAAUUUUCUCCAAAAAAAAAAAAAAAACUGCCUUUUUUGUGGGAUCUUGUAAUGAACAAAUGGAGAAUGUAUUUCUUGUGCAGCCUUAAGUAGUGGAAAAURUACUUAUAAUGAUUCUCAGGACCAAAAAUGUGCUUGAUAACUGUCCCAUGGCUUUAUCUAGUGUUAGAAAUUGAGAUUUAUAUUAAUCUUGUGCUGUUGGUCCAACAAAACCUUUGGAUCAGGUGUGGCUACUUUUUAAAAUCCUUGCUCAAGAAAUUAUUUGGAAAUAAAUCCUUAAAUAAAAUUUGAUUGCAUCUUAUUCCUUUGCUUUAUUAGUAUAAAAUAGUUGCACAAAAGUUUGUAAAAGUAAUUAAAAAGGAUUAUGAAAGACGCCUGAUCUGCAAGUUUUACUCGACCCGUUUCUCUGSUGUUGAAUCGACUUCACCACUUUUUUUUGCGUUUUGGUUCUGGUUCAGUUUGAUGUUUAUUUAAUGACGAAAACAGCUGGGGGAAAAAAAAUCCAGAAAAGCGGAGACAUUAUCAGAGUGAAUGAAACCGAAAAGUCUUAAAAGUUGUGGGAAUGAUGAUCCCGUUUGUGUCUAAGUGCGACGUUACUGUAUGUUUGGCUCCAUCAUUACUACCAACAGAACUGAAGUUGGUUCUGCUGUGGAACAAAAUAAAGUCUUUACACUUGAA